AUGACUGAUGACAGCCAGGUGCCUGACAAUGCCCACUCGAAGAAAGUUCCAAAGCUACGUGUUCAUGUUCCUGAAGACCGAGAGGAGACCCUGCAACGUGUCUUUGGGACAAGCCAGGUGUUCUACAGCUUUGAUAGGAAACCAAGGACAGGAUCAACAGUACCUGUCAAAGUCAAAGAGUACUAUCACCAAGGCCAUCAGUGCCUAGAGCAUGAGGACUGGGAGAACGCAGUGCUCUUCUUCUCCCGCGCUCUCCACCUGAACCCCAACCUGGCAAACUUCUAUGUUUUCCGUGCUGAGGCCUUCAUCCAGCUCUGCGAUUUCUCCUCUGCCCUGCAGAACCUGCGCAGGGCCUACUCCUACCAGCCAGAGAACAGCAAAUACCUGGAGCGGCUGGCCUUUGUACUCUACCUACAGGGCCAGUGCUUGUACGAGCUGUGUGACUUCCAGGAAGCCCUGUACGUCUUCUUGCAAGCCUCUGACCUCCAGCCCCAGAACCCUUCCUUCUGUUACCGCUGCAUAGCCUGCCUGCUGGCCCUCAAUCGACAUCAGGACUGCCUCUCACUCAUCACCAGGGAGGUGAAGCAGGGCAGGGCCAGUGCCGAUGUCUACAUCCUCCGGGCCCGGAUCUACAACUUCUUCCAGAAGCCCAAGCUCUGCUAUCAGGACCUUCGAAGCGCCUUGCUCUUCGAUCCCAAGCACCCACAGGCCAAAGGGCUACUCCAGAUGAUGGUGAACCAGGCCAAGCAGUCCUUUCAAGACGCUAGCAUCCUGGCCGUGCAGGGCAAGCUGCACCGCGCAUUGAAGCGUAUCUGCUGUGCCAUUGAGAACAACCCCCUGGACCCCAACCUCUUCCUCUUCCGGGGUACCAUGUACAGACGGCUCAAGCAAUUUGACCCAGCUGUGGAAGACUUUCUGAAGGCGCUGGACAUGGUGACUGACAGCCAGGGCAGCCUGGUGCAGAAGACACAGCGCCAGCUGCUGCUGACCUACAACGACUUUGCUGUGCACUGCUACACCCAGGGCUCCUAUCAGGAGGGUGUGCUGCUGCUGAACAAGGCGAUCAGGGACGAGCAGAAAGAGAAGAGCCUGUACAUCAACCGUGGGGACUGCUUCUUCCAGCUGGGCAACCUGGCCUUUGCGGAGGCGGACUACAAGCAGGCACUGGCACUGAGCCCGCAGGACGAGGGAGCCAACCUACGCAUGGGUGUGCUGCAGGAGAAGAUGGGAUUCUGUGAGCAGACACGCAGGCAGUUCCAUACAGCGGAGGACCACUUCUCAACAGCCAUCAAGCACAACCCGGAGAAGCCCCAGUACUACAUGCACCGGGCCAAGAGCAGACAGCUCAUGCAGAACGUUUUGGGGGCCCGCGAGGAUGUUGCCACUGUGCUGCUCCUGAACCCCAACUAUCCAAAGAUCGCCCCACUGAUGACCAACCUCUUUCCUGGCAUGACUGUGGAGGACGUGCUUAAGAGCCAAGUGGCCCAACUGGCCAAGCUCCAGCUAAGUCGGAUGCUAGAAAGUGGUCCGAAGGCCAUCCACCCACAAAGCAUUGUGGGACUUGACAGGCAGAGGUUAAUGGAGCGCCAGAAAGCACGAGCCUUGAUGGAGUCCUGGAACCGGGAAUAUCGUUUCACGGGGAACCUGGAAGAGGAACUGGCUACUCAGACCUUGCAAGGAAAGACUGAACUCAAAAGAGGAGGAGCACAGGAUAAAAAGAACUUCAUCUAUGGGGCUGAGGAUGUAGCUCUGGCCCGAGGGCCUCCCCUUCCAUACAGAUGGUGGAUGCAGCAGGAGCCAGGUGGAGAGGGGAGUGGUGCGAGGUUCACUGUAGAAAUUCUUGGGUACUCACUCAAGAAGGCUGGACUGGCGUGCAAAAGUCUUAGCCCCUGGGUGCUCCCAUCCAUCCCAGAGUCUGUGAGGAACUCUAAGCUAGGGAGACAGAGUGCUGGAGUGGAAAAAAAGAGCUGGAGAUAUGGCUCAGUGGUUAAAAGUCGAUCCUGCUUUGUAGAGGACGCGAGUGUGGGUUCCAGCACCCAGUGGGUGGCUCACAGCUGCCUGGACCGCCAGCUCCAGGUGAAGCCCCGCAAGGUGACAUCCCUGUCAGACAGCUACGUGGACCAGACCUCCUCAGGCUCAGUCUUCAGCAUCCUGAGCCUGAGCACCUUGGGCAUGGAGAUAACAGACAGUCAGGAGUACAGGAGCACUUCCAACACAGCUGUGAUGUCGCCUGGACAUUCAAGGCCUCAGUCCUCAGGUCCCAGGAAGAACAGGGAGAACCUAGGCCUGAGCAGGGCCCCCAAGGUCACCCAGGCCUCUGAGAACCUAGACCAGAACUUGCUUGAGACCACACCUGCCUAUGGCCAAAGACGCCACUCCAGCAAGGCAGAAGCCACGCAAAGCCCAAAGCCCGGGAAGACAGAGCCUCCCCAAAGCCCAGGAAGACAAGGCCCCAGCCAGAAAUCCAGAAUGACAGAAGCCACCGAGGGUCCAAAGCCUAGAAAGAACAGGCCUGCCCUGACCCCGAAGCAGAGGCUCAGAAGAGCCAAGGCUGUUCGUGCCCAGAGCUGGAAACCCAGGUCCCAGGUCCACAGCCAGAAGCCAACAAAGACUUCCAGCGAGACCAUUUCCCAUGGCAGAAGCGAGAGUAGUUCCAGUGAGACCCAGGACCAGAGUCCAGGGCCCAGCAGUUCUGAGGACACCUCAAGCUACAGUGAGAAUACAGCAUCAAGCUCCAGCAAGACCAACCCCAUCCCGGAGCCGAGCCUGCAGCUCGGCAAAGCCCAGGAUCCCCAGGACGGGGACCUGAGCUCCAACAAGACCGACCUCCUCCCGGAGCCGAGCCUGCAGCUCGGCAAAGCCCAGGAUCCCCAGGAUCCCCAGGACGGGGACCUGAGCUCCAACAAGACCGAACCCCUCCCGGAGCCGAGCCUGCAGCUCAGCAAAGCCCAGGAUCCCCAGGAUGGGGACCUGAGCUCCAACAAGACCGAACCCCUCCCGGAGCCGAGCCUGCAGCUCAGCAAAGCCCAGGAUCCCCAGGAUGGGGACCUGAGCUCCAACAAGACCGAACCCCCCCUGGAGCUGAGCCUGCAGCUAGGCAAAGCCCAGGACCAGAACCUGAGCUCCAGCAAGGCGGAGUUUUCACCCACCCCUAGCCAAUCUGCUGCCCCCUGA